AGACGCGUAUUAGCAGAUGUACAAACGACGUGGAUGUACCAGCUCGCACAUGGGACAGCGUAACAAUUGUAUUGUAAAUCGCUUCUGGAACCACGCGCAAAUCCGACAGCUUGUUGACCUGAGUGUCACGCGGUAGUGCUGUGACACUUUAGGCGACUUCCAGUUCUCCAUUGACAAAGUAAACGUUUGCGGGAUAAACAACCUAAAGAUUCAUGGAGAUAACCCACGCGUUGGACGCGUGUCAGGAAUAUUGACGGACUGAACUCUUUAUGUAAGGACGCGGUCAGUUCACGAGACGAUGGCUAUCAACAAGCAUAUCAACGAGAGCACCCCUCUCUUGGACUCGGAUAAUGAGACGAAUGGGAGAACAUCACCCCCAUCAGUUUUCCAGGGAAGAAGACUUGCAUGUGCUGCGAUCUUGCUGGCGGAGUCAUUGGAAAGGAUUGCAUUCUAUGGCAUUACAUCCAACCUUGUUCUCUUUUUAAAUAGCAGUCCUUUCUAUUGGGAAGGCACACAAGCCAGCCAGGCUCCUCUGAUGUUCAUGGGGGUAACGUACCUGAUAUCCCCAUUUGGAGGGUGGUUGGCAGAUGCAUACCUUGGAAAGUUUUGCACUAUUGCCUGGAGUUUGAUUUUGUAUUUUCUCGGUAUUCUAUUUUUCCCUUUCAUUUCAAACGAAGACACCAGAGUAAAUGUAUGUGGUGAAGAAGCAGCAUUUCCAGUGCAACCCGCUGAGUGUCUCAGCACAAACAGUACCCCUCCAAGCAAUGUGACGUGCCCCAUCCGUUCACCCUAUUGUGGCCCUAUAGUUUACAGUGGACUUUUUUUCAUUGCAUUGGGUGUAGGGACUGUCAAGUCAAACAUCACUCCAUUUGGGGCAGACCAGGUCAAAGACAGAGGACCGGAAGCCACACGCCGAUUCUUCAAUUGGUUCUACUGGUGCAUUAACCUCGGUGCCAUCCUGUCACUGGGAGGUGUAGCCUAUAUCCAGCAAAAUUUCAGCUUUGAGCUCGGCUACAUCAUUCCCACUGUGUGCCUUGGGAUUUCCUUCCUCGUUUUCCUCCUGGGCCGCACAGUUUUUAUCACCAAGCCGGCUGAUGGCAGCGCUUUCACCGAUAUGUUCAAGAUACUGAGCUUCGCUUGUUGCUCCUCAAAACCCAAGGAGCCUGACUUGCUUCGAAGUAAUAACCCAACUCUAUUGGAUGGUGCCAAAGUGACCUAUGGAGGAAAAUUUCCAGAAGAGAAAGUGGAGGAAGUGAAAUCUUUGGUGAAAAUCCUACCAGUUUUCUUAGCCCUUAUUCCAUACUGGAUGGUGUAUUUCCAGAUGCAGACAACAUAUAUUCUGCAAGGCCUCCAUCUAAGAAUUCCAGUUACUGCCUCAAAUAGCACUACAGACUCCCACAUGAUGACAUUUCGCUUCCCGGCAGCCUGGCUCACCAUGUUUGAUGCUGUGCUCAUCCUCAUGCUGAUUCCUCUUAAGGACAAAGUGGUGGACCCCAUUCUGAAACGGCGUGGCCUGCUGCCCUCCUCUCUGAAGAGGAUUGCAGUGGGGAUGUUCUUUGUCAUGUGGUCGGCUGUGGCAGCGGGUAUUCUGGAGACAAAACGGCUGGAGAUCGUCAAAGCAAAUGGUCCCAUUGACCAAGUGCUUGGCAACGUAGUCUACUAUGCAGCGGAUUUACCCAUUUGGUGGCAAGUGCCUCAAUAUGUCCUGAUAGGCAUCAGUGAAAUAUUCGCCAGCAUUGCAGGACUGGAGUUUGCUUACUCUGCCGCGCCAAAGUCGAUGCAGAGUGCCAUCAUGGGGCUCUUCUUCUUUUUCUCUGGGAUAGGCUCCUUUGUGGGCUCGGGUUUGUUGGCCAUCGUGUCCCUCAAGGCGAUUGGCUGGAUGUCAUCCCACAGAGAUUUUGGAAACAUCAAUGACUGCUCACUGCACUACUACUUUUUUCUCCUGGCUGGAAUUCAGGGCGUCACUCUCCUCAUCUUCCUGAUCGUUACUUUUAAAUAUGACAAGCAAAGGGGCCGAGCAGGAAGCCAAAGGCAAAGAUACAUCUCGUCCUGACCCUGACACACUUGGCUUGUAUCGCUCACAUCCCACCUGCCUGUUUUUUUUUUACAAAUGCUUUUGAAAGACUGCGUGGCUGGAAAGGCUCUGCUGCAAAAUGUUGAGCCAUUGCAGGAGUCGCGUUUCCUGCUCUCAGUUUACUCCGCUGCCUUCAUUUGCACGAGACCCACCAUGGUACCAGAAGAUUACCGUGAGAAAAGUCUGCACACCUCUUUUCAAAUGCAGUUUUUUUUUCCAAUAUUAAAAACAAGUGAAAUCAUUUCUAAAUGUUAUCAAUGUGACCUAUAACCUGUCAAGCUCAAUUUGAAACAAUAUUUUCCAGAAGGUGAAGUAAAUAUUUCAUAUGAUGUGCUUGCACACACACUCUCCUAUAAUUCGGCAUGUGGUUGCUUACAGAAUUAAUCAAUUACAUAUAAUCUCAUCUCAAAAACUCACACCUGCCAUGAUUGAAAGUGCCUUUAUGAAACCCCCAAAUGAACUUCAAAUGUUCUAGUAGGCUAUUCCUGGCAUUUUUGUCAUCACAGACUCUUGUUAAAAGCGUGACAAGAGGCUGACCGUGCAUGUUCGUACAUGUGACAACGGUCUCUCAUCUUCAGAUGUUUGGACUCGGGCUUCAUCUUACAGUGAAGAAAAAGACACACUUGAACUCUCCCAAACACACACUCAUGUGUUCGGCUCCGAUGAAACCAAGGUUGAACUUUUUGGCUAUAAUUCUAAAAGGUAUUUCUAAACAUCUCUCAUCGUCAGACACCAUACAUGCUUUGGGGUGAUUUUUCUUGAAAAACCUGAUGGAAGGAAUGAUAAACAGUCCAAAUGUCAGUCAGUCUUCAGACUUCUGCUGAAAAGCAAAACAAACAACAACAACAACAAAAUGUCCAGGUUGUAGAUCACAUUAAUGGUGGAAGAAGUGUUGAAAUGAUUUAUCUUGGUCUCGUUUCUUUAUAGUAUGUCACAAAACCUGGCUUUUUAUAUCCGCUGUAUACUGUCAAAAUAUUUUUUAUGGUAGUUGAGCAGUUCUUAUUAUUCAGUCAGCAGUGCACUAUUUUUCUGACUAACCAUUUUGACUCCUGACCUUGGUGUGAAGCAUCAGUAUUUUGUCAAAUCGUUCAAAUGAUUUAUAGAUAUAAAUGAUGUGUUUAAAUGUAGAAUUUCUUAAACACACACAUGCGACUGUUGGAGAGUGGCGGUUACCGAUACUAUGCAGAAACAAUCAUUGAUUAAAAUGCAAAUUCUGUAUUGCAGUUUGUAAUUAAAGUGGACAUAAACGUUCACAUUGUUAAGAUUCGAGUUUGAGGAGACAUUGACUGAACAAGUUGUGUUUAUUUUAUCAUUUCAUUUUUUAUGUUUUCAGUCCACUGGAUAUACUCUGAGAGCAAAAUAUUGAAAUGAUUCCAAUGAAGCCUGAAUGAUUAUUAUUUUAUUUUGGUGGGCAAAGCUGCAAUAGUCGCGGUCAGUUUGAUAAAAAGUUGGAAAUAUAUGAGGAAACUGGAACCAUACUGGAACAAUGGCUCGAAGAUGCAGUUAAUUUGUAAUUUCCUUCACUGUUGGAAAGAUGCAUGGCAAAUGUAGGUUCAACAAAUUUAACAAAGCUUUUUUACUGUAAAUAUGUUUUUU